AUGAACUAUUACGACGAAGAGAUCUCGGUGAAUGGUUUAGCUGGAGCUGCGGACAUGAAACCACCGCUUAACAAUGUCAAGGUGGAACGCAUCCCUAGUCGAGGAAGCAUUAGUGACAAAGGAAACAAUUUGGAGAGUGUGAGGUCUUUGGCAUCACGCCAAGGAAGUGAAGGAGGUGAUAAUUCACUGCGAAGUGGUGUAAUGUUGGGAAGGCCACGGCAAAGAAUGAUGAUGCAUGGUAAUUCCACAGAUGAUGAUGGCCUUUUGCAGGAUAUUCUGGAUCAUGAUGAUGAAGAUGAUGAUGAUGAAGAAGAUGACAGUGACAUACAAAUGGAGGCUAAGCCCUCCAUACAGCCCAUACACAGUGACACAGCACCAGAGUUUACUAGACGCAGUGCCGGUGCCAAGCAACGCGCACAAACACGACCCACCAGCUCUAGAAUGAAGGUGAAUUUACCCACCGCCAAAGUACUGGACAAUGAUUCUGAAGCUUCAGAAACUGAUUCUGAUGAAACGGAUAAGCAUGCUAAAGGCGGUGCAGCAAUGGAUUAUUCGCCCAGUUGGGAGGCCCAGAUGACCAUAACGCCAGAAAAAUGGGAAAAUCUGCAAAUCCAUCAAGAGGUCAAGGAGCUAUUUCCCUAUAUUUUGAAGUAUAUACCCCAGCACAUAGAGACUGCUUAUCAUUUGCAACCCUUUAUUCCCGAUUAUGUGCCCGCUGUGGGUGAUGUUGAUGCUUUUCUGCAGGUUACCGGACCUCCAUUGCUUAACCCUCAACGCAGCCGUGAGGUUGAGGAGCAUUUGAAAAAACUUGGCCUUUAUUUCUUGGAUGAACCCUCGGGCGCACAAAGUGAGCCCAGUUUGUUGAAUAUGAAAUUACGUUCCGCCCUCACCGGCAGUGGCAGUAAUGCGCGCUCCAGCUCUGCCUCGCUGGUGCCAACCGCCAAAUCCAACAAGGAUAUUGACAAAUGGAUAAAUGAGGUCGAGCAAGUGCACAUGUCUCAAUCUGUUUACGAUGUCCAACCCCGUAAGGACAUUGAGAACAUGCUAAUUGAAUGGCCACGCUCAUAUGCGGAUGCAGCAGCUACAGUUCAACAGGCCUACCAGCAGUGUGCCUCUGGUCAACAAACCGUCAUCGAUUACAUUCGUACAUUGUGUCAACAAUUCGGCAUCGAGGGACCACUCGAGACACAGGCGGACUAUUUAUUAAGUGUACAGACAUUGUUUGCCUUGUAUUUGGCUGCCAAUCAGGCAUGGGAAUAAUUGGGGUGGUCGGGACAACAAUAGGGGCUUAUGACUUUGAUGUUGAGGAUAACAAUGAUGAUGACCGUAAUGGUGAAGGUGGAUAAUGAUGAUGAUGAUGAAGGUUGAAGUUCAUGCUACUUGUAUGGUUGGCAAGUAUUAUGGGCUUAUGCCCAGCAAACAUUUUGAGUUGUAAUAUGAAAUAUGUGUAUUGGAAUUUGAUGGAAAAGGAUAAAUAAAUAAAAUGUUUAUUGGAGAAGAGA